UUAGAAGCCAUUAAACCAGUUUUCAAACAUUUGCGUCACAAAAUGGAUACAGAGCUAGAUUGUGCUCACAAGUGGAAGACAAUUUAGUUACCGUACAUCGGUGGCAUGGAUAAAAAAAAAUACAUAUUUGUCGUAAUUCGGGAAAUUGCAGAAUUUCACAAGAGUUGGGAAUCGCUGCACUAAGCAAAAUAAAUAGCAUUUUGAUUCCAUGUGUAGAAUCUGGUGGGAUUUUUUUUAAAAGGAGAACCUGGGAAGUGUAAUCACCGUAUCAAAGCGCAAUGAAAAGUAACCUGCGUGGCAUGAAUUUCAUUUGGAGAACUACUCUAGUGACGUCAUCGCGCAUUGAUUUGCUUUUAACGUACAUUAUGGUGAAAACUAGUUCUGCUUUUACUUUUAUACAGUUUGCUUGAUACCUUGUAGAAACACAGAUGUUCACGCCCGUACAUUUAAGACGAUGGUGAUCAAAGCUGUUACGUCAUUUGCGUUUCAGAGUCGCAGCAAUUUCGUUUUGUUUUCCGCGUACGCCACCGGAGUUGUCACAAUUCCAAGCGCCCCUGAAGGUACCAGGCUUCCUCCGGGCGAACGAGGGCAGCACGCCGGGCCGGGUUAGCACUCACCAAAAUCGGCGUCAGAACGUCACCAGAGACGCGUAGACGCCAGACGCCGGACGCCGGACUGCCAGGGGCAAAAUCGACAUGGGGGAUUUUACCCGCGACUGUCUGAGACUGUUUAGCUUUUAAGUCAACAGACAAGCGUGAGCGCGAGACGGCGGGCGGCCACAGCCCAGCCGCCCCCAGCAGGGAGCCUCCUCUCUCGGCCACCGUCUUCUUGUCGGCCCGCCGGCGGUCGGGCAGCCUCCAAUGGCGACUCCGACGGAAGCCACCCGGGACGCCGCGGACGACGACGAAAGGGAGCCCGUGAACGACGCGGAGCUGGCGCUGAAGGGCAUCAACAUGCUUCUGAACAACGGCUUCAAGGAGAGCGACGCGCUUUUCAGGGCGCACAGGAACCACAGUCCCCUCAUGAGCUUUGGCGCCAGUUUCGUCAGUUUUUUGAAUGCCAUGAUGACUUUUGAAGACGAGAAGAUGCAGCUGGCGUCCGAGGACCUCAAAGCAACGGAGAGGCUGUGCGAGAGCGAAAAUGCCGGCGUCAUCCAAACUCUAAAAAACAAGAUGAAGCGCUCGACGGACUCUCGGAGGUCGGGGGCGGCCGCUGUGGAACGCCUCCAGAGGCAGAUCAUCAUCGCCGACUGCCAGGUUUACCUUGCCGUGCUGGCUUUCACCAAACAAGAACUCUCGGCGUACAUCAAGGGCGGCUGGAUCCUCCGCAAGGCCUGGAAAGUGUACGACAAAUGUUACAGCGACAUCACGCAGUGGCAGGAGCGCAGCAGCAGCAGCAGCAGCAGGAGGAGGAGGAAGAAGAUCCCCGAGCAGCAGGCCUCGUCGUCGCCGUCCGACCGCGCGUCCUCCCCGCCUUCGGACGGCGUCUGCGCCGAAGACCUGGACCGGCUCAAAGGCUCGGUCAGCUUCGGCUACGGCCUCUUCCACCUGUGCAUCUCCAUGGUGCCGCCGCACCUCCUCAAGAUUGUCAACCUGCUGGGCUUCCCCGGCGACCGUCUCCAAGGCCUGUCGGCGCUCGCCUACGCCAGCGAGAGUAAGGACAUGAAGGCCCCCUUAGCCACCUUGGCCCUCUUGUGGUAUCACACGGUAGUGCAGCCUUUCUUCGCCCUGCACGGCAGCGACACCCACUCGGGCCUGGCGGAGGCCAAAGCCAUCCUUCGCCGAAGGGAGACCGUCUACCCCAACUCGUCGCUCUUCAUGUUCUUCAAAGGGAGAGUCCAGCGUCUUGAGAGUCAGAUCGGCGCCGCCUUGACGUCCUUCAACGACGCCUUGCACUUGGCCUCGGAGCAGAGGGAAAUCCAGCACGUGUGCUUGUAUGAAAUCGGUUGGUGCAACAUGAUCGAGCUGAACUAUUCAGAAUCUUUCAAAGCCUUCGAGCGUCUGAAGGACGAGUCCCGGUGGUCCCAGUGCUACUACGCCUACUUGACAGCAGUGUGCCAAGGCGCCACGGGAGACCUGCAGGCGGCCUUGGGGGUUUUCAACGACGUCCAGAAACUUUUCAAACGCAAGAGCAAUCAGAUCGAGCUGUUCUCCAUGAAGAAGGCCGAGAAGAUGAAGGUCCCCAAUUUGUCCAAAGAACUUUGCGUCCUCUCCAUCAUUGAGAUUCUGUAUCUGUGGAAAGCGCUCUGCAAUUGCUCCAGGAGCAAACUACACACGAUGGUGCAAGUCCUCCAGGGUAUCGACGACAGCUCCUGCGCGGGGCUGAAAAACCUGCUUUUGGGCACCAUAAGCAAAUGCCUCCAUAAGACUAAAGAUGCCAUUCAGUAUUUCCACAUGGCCUCGCGCGACGAGGUGGGCCUGCUGAGCAACUCGUACGUGCAGCCUUACGCCUGCUACGAGCUGGCCUGCGUCCUCCUCGACGACUCCGAGUCCGCAGCCAAAGGCCACGCGCUGAUGCUCCAGGCGAAGGAGGACUACGCCGGCUACGACUUCGAGAACAGACUUCACGUGCGGAUCCACUCGGCGCUCGCCUCCGUGCGAACCGCAGCUCCGCCUUGAAGCGGGGACGUUUUUAGCAGGGGCAAAAAAAAAAGUAAAACGUUUUAUUCUAUUUAUGUUUGAGCGGCGGCAUUUUGAAACAACGUUCUGCGGUUUGUACGGGGAAGGUUGGCUGACCUUAGCAAUACGCUGCGCAUUUUUCCUCCA